CUGCUAUAGCAGGUUGUUUUUUCAGGUUCGGUAAGGGUUAGGCACUACCCACACCCUAACUUGGCUACCUCUUACUCAUACCCUCUUGAAACGAACCAACAUCUUUUUCUUCAGUGGCUUUCCUGCUUUAACCGUUAUCUAAUUCUAGGUUUGCUACUUGCUGCUGCGGUAAUUGUGGAUUGUAGACAGUUGAUUUGGUAGCGUUGUGUGACCAAACAAAAUGAACAAUCCUGAGGGUAUGUAUACAGGAAAUCCCAAUGAUCCUGGGAAUGGAUAUGGCAGGCAACAAUAUAACCAGUAUGCUGGUUACUCGAAUGUAAAUUAUGGACCGGGAAUGUCGAAUGCUCCUAAUAAUGCGGGAUAUGGAGCUCCUGUCGCGGGUUCAGGUGUUAUUUCUCCCGCAGCGGCUCCGUUCACAGGUUCUGCUCCUCUGGGAUCUCCUCCUACUGGAGCUGCUACUCCUACGGGAACAGUUCACAAGUCUCGUCGUCAAUAUCCUGCUGAACUUUUCGAAUUGACAAACGCUCCCGCCGAACCUGCUAUUUCUGGUGCCUACGGCGCUGCUCCCGCGGGUAAUGUUGCAAAGGGAUAUCCUUCCGCAAGCAGCGCAUAUCCUGUUGACCCUUCUCUUGUGUCUGAAGUUCCUUCAAUGGCCAACUUAAACGACCAAUUUUCGAACAUGAACGUUAGAUCAGAUGCUUCGCGUCAAUUAAUGUCUGUUGAGCUUACCAACCAGCCUGCAGAUGUUACCGCACUUCAUGAACCACGUCCGUUGGCGGGUCCUUCGCCCGUCGAAACAACGACUGGUUCCCCCAAUGCAAACUGUCCACAAAGAUUCCAGACUUCGACUUUAAACGCCAUUCCCAACACGAGUGGAUUGCUGAAGAAGUCGAAGCUUCCUUUCGCUGUUAUCGUUCGUCCCUUCCCAACACUUCUGGAAGAAGAUGACCCUGUUCCUGUUACUUUGGACACCACAAUUUCGCGCUGUCGUAGAUGCAGAACAUACAUUCAUCCCUUUACUACAUUUAUCGACAAUGGUCACCGUUACCGGUGUACCGCCUGUAACAUCAUUAACGAUGUGCCUCAAGCCUAUGACUGGGACAGUUUCAAGAAUGUAUCCCGUGACCGUUGGCAGAGACCUGAACUCAACAAUGGAGCGGUUGACUUUAUUGCUCCUCAAGAUUAUAUGGUCCGCCCCCCUGCACCCCCCGUUUAUGUCUUUCUUAUCGAUGUUUCUUUUAUUUCCAUUAGCUGCGGAAUGGUCGCUACGGCCACUCGUACCAUUCUUGAAUCGCUCGACCGUAUCCCUAAUGCAGACGGUCGCACUCGCGUGGCUUUCAUUGCCGUCGACAGUUCCCUUCAUUUCUUUUCUAUUCCUCUUGGCUCUGAUGAGCCCUCUCAGCUUGUCGUAUCCGACUUGGAAGAGCCCUUCCUUCCCCUUCCUCAAGACCUGUUACUCAAUCUGAAAGAGUCGCGUCAGGGUAUUGAAAAUUUGUUGACUCAUUUUAAUGACAUGUUUGUCAGCUCUCGCGAUUCUAGCAAUGCUCUUGGUCCUGCUUUGAAGUCAGCAUACAAGUUAAUCGAGAACAUUGGCGGCAAGAUUAUUUGUUUGAACACUAGUCUUCCCAAUGUUGGCGCUGGCAAGCUGUUGGUGCGUGAGGAUCCUAAAAUGCUCGGAACCAGUCGCGAGUCGAACUUGUUGCAUGCGCAAGAGUCUUUCUACAAGUCUUUUGCUGUUGAUUGCAGUACUUCUCAGAUUUCGGUCGACAUGUUCCUGUUCUCUGCGCAGUACCAAGACGUGGCUACAUUGAGCUGCCUUCCCCGUUAUACUUCUGGUAGCACCCGCUUCUACCAAUCCUGGAAUGCUUCGCGUAGCGAGGAUGCAGUCAAAUUUGCCUCGGAGUUUGGUGAUCACUUAAGUCAAGAGUUCGGUUUGGAGGGUGUCAUGCGUGUUCGUGCUACUGCUGGCGUGCGUGUCUCGUCCUUCUAUGGUAAUUUCUUCAACCGUUCUAGCGACCUUUGCUCAUUCCCUUACUUCCCCCGCGAUCAGUCUUAUGUCAUUGAGCUGAACGUCGAGGACACAAUCACAAAACCUUUCGUUCUCAUCCAAACAGCUGUACUGUACAGCACAUGCUUUGGCGAACGCCGUAUCCGUGUUUUGACCACAGCGAUUCCCGUUACUCAAAGCUUGUCUGAUGUGUACGCGGCAGCCGACCAACGUUCGAUUGCUCACUACUUGAUUGUACGUGCGGCUGAUCGUGCUUUAACGUCUAAGCUUGAUGAUGCUCGUGACAGCAUUAUUUCGAAAUUGAUUGAGAUCGUCGAGGUAUACAAAAAGCACCUUGCCGGUCAAAACACUGGAGCUGCCCUUCCCCUCCAAAUCUGCGAGAAUCUCAAGCUCUUGCCAUUGCUGUGUCUCGCAGCUUCCAAGCACUUGGGCUUGCGCAGAUCAAGCCAGAUUGUUUCUGACCUUCGUGCUUUCGCAUUGUGCUUCCUUACGACUUUGCCCCAGCCUUUGUUGUUGCGUUACGUUUACCCUACUUUCUAUGCUCUGCACUCCAUGGCCCCCGAAGCUGGCACAGUUGGUGAAAAUGGUGUAAUCCUUCCUACCCCAUUGAACCUUACUUCUGCUGUUAUCGAGUCGUACGGUCUGUAUCUCAUUGACUCGCACGUUCAACAGUUCCUUUUCAUUGGUAAGGAUGCCGUGCCCCAACUUGUUCUUGAUGCCUUUGGCGUGAACUCCUUGGCUGAGCUGAAGCCUGGACGCUUCACCAUGCCAGUUACUGAGAGUCCUUUGAAUGCACGCAUUAACGCCAUUCUUGCGAAGCUUCGCUCUCUUGACAAGGGUACCACCGUUCUGCCCAGUUUGUAUCUUGUGCGUGGUGAUGUUGAUCCUCAACUGCGUGCUUGGUUCCUGUCACACUUGAUUGAGGAUCGCAGCGAUACUGCCCCUAGUUACAUGCAAUAUUUGCAGUCCCUCAAGGAGCGCAUUAACCGUUAAGUCAGGGCGGUGAGUGCUUGUACUUAAAAAUCCGACAAGAUAACGCUCUUUAGGCAAAGAAUGUCCCUCUGGAACUUUUCAUUGAAAAAAGUAAGAAAAGACUGCAAGUAUGUAUUUGCCCGAUCUUGUCGUCGUGCUAGAGAUUGCUUCAUUUGGGUAUAUAUCAUGCUUAUACGGACACGGGCAUAUGUUCCUUCUCAUCGAAAAGAAAAUUAUGCUUGCAUUAUGGACAAUCGUGUAAUGUUUGUCGCUUGUUUCAUGCAGAACUUCAUAAUUUACCUAUACGUUUACGAAGAAGCAAAUUGUAUUAAUUGUUCAAACUCGAUAAUAAUGGUUUUAUGAAGUAUUUGAAGCACUGAAGUCGGUGUUCACUGAUAAGACGCGAAAGACGAAUGAAACAGGACAGUGAAGCUGCUAUCAAACAUCAAAGGCGUUAAUUUGGUUAACCAUUCGGUCGGCAUUUGGAGGUAAAGGCAGCGCAACUGUAUCUUAUGUUCAUUUAACCUUUAAACUGUAUAAACUCUGCUGAACCCUAAAUCAAGAAUGUCAAGAAGGAGAAGACCCUGUUACCUUAAUCGCACCAGCACGUUAUGCAUAACUAAUUUUGAGGGCUCAUUUACUGUAAAAGGAGUAGGAAGUCUUGCUUUUCCUGGGGUGUUGGAAGUCAUUUUCAAUUUCCACCAAUAUGCACUAUUCUGCAUCGCGAACACAAUAUUCAUGCUCCUUCAUACUAUCCUCACAUGUUCGUAUACGAACUUACUGUUUCUCUGCACUCCAGUCCUUACAAUUGCUGUUUACUAUUUUCUAUAUCUGGCGCCCACUCGGGUCGCGGCUUGACGUCAAAAAUCGGUUAUCGUCGCAAAAGGCGGAGCUUACGCCAAUACGAGAGAUACCAGCGCGGAACUAGCGUCGCUGGACCUGUUUCUUUGUUCGCCUGAAAAAGGGACCACACCAAAGGCGAUACUCUUUGCGACAAUUGCUU